GAUCUCAAAGAGGUAUAGAGGAAUUAAAACUUGCGCCUUUCUUCCGUGGGGUUGAUUGGGAGCAUAUAAGGGAGAGGCCAGCAGCUAUUCCCGUAGAAGUUAGAUCUAUCGAUGACACGUCCAACUUUGAUGAUUUCCCCGAUGUCAAACUUGAAAUACCAUCAGCGCCAUUGCCCCAAGAUGGAGAAGUGAUAUAUAAGGACUGGGUAUUCAUAAACUACACAUUCAAGCGUUUUGAGGGGUUAACACAACGAGGCACGCCAACAAAAAAAUAGCAACUCAUGUUCAAUAGCAAUUCAUGUUCGACAUUUAAUCAUCGAAGUUACACUACAGAUAUUCCGGCCCAGGUACACCAGCAAACAUAAAUGUUUGUACUCACGAGUCUGCCCAAAUUUGGAUAACUGAUGAGGAAAAAAUAUA